AUGGCUUCAUCUUCUAAGAAAGACAAUACAGUACAAGACAAACAGCAAAUGUAUACAACACCAAAACCACUUAGUUACUUACCUGGAUGUCUUGAUGAACUUCAAGAGAAACGUAAUCGAGGACGAUCACCAUCACCCCCAGUAGAAUUUCAANAAGUAAAUCUCCACUUUUCUGGUGACCAACUUGCUACAUUACGAAAAUUGGCUGGUGGAGAUAGUGUAACAAUACAAGAUGCACUUACAGCUUAUAUUAUUUUGACACUUAAUACAUAUUGUUAUAAUAACAAUGAUGAACGUCGUAUUUUACGUACAAAUACAGUUAUUAAUUUUCGUGGUGUUUCUGAUUCGAUUGCUUCACAAGGUCAAGUUGCUAAUGCUGUCUUCUCGAUGUUAUCAAAUAAUUUCGAUGAUCCAUAUUCAUUAUCAAAUAUUGCCAAGACAAUACGUCAAUCGAUUAUUCAAUUACGUGAUUCCAAAUUUCUUGAAGCUGCACUUGCUACUCUUGAUGGACUAAUGAGAAAAUGUAUAAAGAAUAACAAAUUGCCGGAUUUACAACUUGUUCCAAAUGAAUUUGUUGUAAAUUCAAAUUUUAGACAUGAUUGGGCAAGUUUAGUUGACUUCGGUUACACAGAUAAAUGCCGACUUUAUACUGCUUGGACAGGUGCAUCAUAUUUACGUGUAUUUCGCCUCAAUCCAGAAAAAGAUGGGAACAAAUGGUUACCAAGAGAUCGAGAUGGAGCUGAAGUAGCAUUUCGAGUGGAAAAAGAUUUGAAAGAAAAGUUUAUUAAUGCAUGUAAACGAGACAUCAAUGAAAAUUUUAAAAAUGUAAAGCAAUAG